AAUUCCAGAACGUCCUUACCAUGUUUUCUCUAAUCGACAUACUUCAAAGAUGAGUGAUAUGUUAUAUAGUGAGAGACCUGAAUGGAACGAUGUGACACCUAUACGUCAAGAUGAUGGACCAAAUCCUCUUGUACCUAUAGCAUAUGCUAAAGAAUAUUCUGAUGCUAUGGAUUACUUUAGAGCAGUGACUCGCACAAAUGAAAAAACGGAACGAGCCCUAAAGCUUACAGAGGACAUCAUUGAAAUGAAUCCAGCGCAUUAUACUGUCUGGAACUACAGACAACAGAUCCUCUUUGCUUUGAAAGCUGAUCUAGAAGAAGAACUCAAUUUUAUUGACGAAAUAGCGCCAGCGCAAAUGAAAAACUAUCAAAUUUGGCAUCACCGUCAAAUCAUUGUCGAUAAGUUGGAUAACGGAACGAGAGAACUCCCUUUCAUCAACAGUAUUUUGGAUGAGGAUCCAAAAAAUUAUCAUGCAUGGUCUUAUCGACAGUGGGUUGUGAAAAGGUUUAAAUUUUGGGAGAGUGAAAUAGCCUAUACAAAUGAUCUCUUGGUCUUGGACGUGAGGAAUAAUUCAGCGUGGAAUCACAGAUUUUUCAUUCUGUUUAACAAUCCACAAAAACCUACAGACGAAAACAUUGCCACAGAAAUAGAAUUCGCAAAGAAGCAGAUUACAUUGGCGCCGAAUAAUUCAAGCAGCUGGUCAUAUUUGAAAGCCCUUCAUGGUCAUAGUAUUGAUUAUAAUUCGAUACCCUUGAAUACCAUUGAACCCUUUUUGAAGCAACUCAUCGACUCGAAAAUACAAUCGCCAUUUCUAUUAAGUACUUAUGUGGAUAUAUACGAACAAAAUGCUAAAAAUGGAAAUACCACGAUUGAUCCUGCUGCUCUGAUUAUGUGUCAGGAACUAGCAGAAAAACAAGAUAUCAUCAGAGAGAAAUAUUGGUCUUUUAGAAAGCAGAAGUUAGAAAUGUUGAACAGAUAA